AUGGAAAACCUAGUAAAUACUGGCAUGGCUACUGAAGACAAAAGAUUAUGGAUUGGAAAUCUAGACCCUAGAGUUACUGAUUUAGCUUUUUACAAGAAGCUAACAAUUUAUUUACUAUUUAAGUAUUUAAAUAUUAUUUCAACUUACGCAUUGUUUUUUGUUUAUUGGUAUCAACUUUUAAAACUGGUGCAAAAACAUGGUUCCAUUGAAAAAUUUGACCUAAUUCUACAUCGAAAUGGCCCUCUAGCAGGACAGCCAAGAGGAUAUGCUUUUGUCACCUACAAGAAUCAAGACGAUGCUGUAUUGGCAAAAGAGGUCCUACAUAAUCUACUUGUUGGACAGAAGAAUAUCAGUGUUACCUGGGCUCAUAGUGUUAAUAAUGAGGAACCAGAUAAACCGAAAGAUGACCUUGUGAUACCAGCGUUGGCCAUGUCAAAAGCAGAGCAAAAAACUGACAGAACCUCACAAAUCCAAGCAAUUGAAGCUAAAUUGAAGAUGAUGGAGAAAAAGAGGGAGGAUGAGUUGAAGAUUAAUGAAACUGUGGCAACCAAGCCUCCUGUUAUUUCCCAGUACCAACAAAAAACACAAAAUGGUGCCACGAGCGUAAGCACCAGUACUACCAACCAUAGAUCUGUAAGACAACGAGAUAGGUAUCAAAAGCCUUACACUAAGAGUAAAUACCGAAGAUGAAUUAAAGGUGGUUGAGGUUUAAAUACAUCGAAAUAAGAUCUGUUGUUAUGUAUCGAAGAUAUUAUUUUUUAUAAAUAAUAAUGGUUAAGAACAAAAGAAUGUUUAGAUAAUAUGGUUGUAGGACAGUAUAAUGCUAAAAAAUCAGUAGGGUCACUCCGCAAUAAUCAUUUGUUCUCUACGUUCCAUGUGAUUGGUCGUUAUUGUUGUGCAUUCAAAAUUUUGUUUCAGAAGUGGAUUGCAUAAUUGGAACCGUCAAAAUUUGAGAAUGAAUUAACUGAUUCUUUAGCAUUAUAAACUGUGAUUGAGGCCUAAAAUUUUUCUAAAACUUUUAUUGCAUGUCAGUUUUUCACAGCAGUAAAAAGUGUAGCAAAAGCUAAAACUUAUGAAAAUGUUCAGUUGUUUGAUAGUUUCCUGUUGGUAUUUCGUGAAAUAAAAAAAAUAAACAGAAUAAAUAAAAACAAAAUGCUUAAACAGUCAUGCAAUGGAAGUUUAAAAAAAAUAAUAUGGUAAUUAUCGAAUAUAAGGGUACGCCUUAAAAAGCGAAAUUUUUGUGGACUUGAAAGAACUAUAGAUGAUAUCAAAUUUGUUUUUUUUUUUUUGAAAACUAGUAAAAAUGUCAAAAAAGUAUAUUAAACUCGAACAAAGUAUUAGAAUAUCUAAAAAAUUUACCUGAAAAGCCAUCAGAAAUACCCACUUAUUUUAAUCAAAAAAUAUAAGCAAAAAAUAAUAAUUAUCAAUGAUUCUCAAUAUUAAAUUGUGUAAAACUAAAAAAUGUUGUUUAAAAGUUUCCAAAAUUUGUACAUCUUCCAUAACAAUAUGGCGGAUAUGAUGAGCACAAGUUAAAUUUUAUGUAUGUGCCACAAUGUUUUGAUUUUUGGACGAUUGAAAAUUUCGAACGAUUUGAUAAAGUUUUUUUUAAAUUCAAUGUACCUUAAGCACUAACUAAAACAGAAUCUAUUGAUAUAAAUUACAGAUUCGUAAAGCUCGUACCCUUAUAUUAGAAGACUUAAGGUGAUACAGUAGCGAUCAACAGGUAGCCAAAACGCGUUCCAAGAUUGCGGCUGUAAUUUUGAAUAUUUUUUCGAGAUAUUUGGCACACGUAUUCGUAAUAUAAUAAAGAAUGGCGGUACAGAGCC